GCGACCUGCAGGUGUGUGCGCGCGACCGGUCCCGCAGAGAGUCAGCGGAGGUAAAGGCGACCCAGUGAGUAAACAGGAACAGAGCAGCAUACUUAUUCCCUUUUGCACAGCCUUCAACAAAAGUGCUGAGGAAGACCCCUCCACCUCGCUUGCUGAGAAGUACAAUAACCGUGUCUCUGGAAAAGUGGAUUUUCAUGCCAGAUGAAGCAAAAGCUAGUGGAGAACUGAAGAAUGUGUGCUACCUCCAGAGGCUUUUGAAACGCUGCAGUAGCUGGAAGACGGCAGCCCUCUGUCAGGGGCCUUAUUUCAUUAUUUCAUCUCAGUUUACAGAGGAUUUACUUCUCAGAAGCUGGGCAAGUUUCAAAAACAACUCUCCUUCAACAAGUUCUGUUUCCAAGGAAAGUGUUAACCAUUUGUCCCUUCUGGCGUACCCUCUUCCAUUGAAAUCCAUGCAGAAUAGUCCAGAGAUGGGCAGCAGUGGGCCCCUUCCUGUUGCAGAAGGUGACAAGAGGAAAAAGAAGAAGCGGAAGGCCCGGGCCACUGACUGCUUGCCAGGGAAGUUUGAAGAUAUGUACAAGCUGACCUCUGAAUUGCUUGGAGAGGGAGCCUAUGCCAAAGUCCAAGGUGCCGUGAGCCUGCAGAAUGGCAAAGAGUAUGCUGUCAAAAUCAUCGAAAAACAAGCAGGGCACAGUCGGAGUAGGGUAUUUCGAGAGGUGGAGACACUCUAUCAGUGUCAAGGAAACAAGAACAUUUUGGAGCUGAUUGAGUUCUUUGAAGAUGACACGAGAUUUUACUUGGUCUUUGAGAAAUUGCAAGGAGGCUCCAUCCUGGCUCACAUCCAGAAGCAGAAGCACUUCAAUGAACGAGAAGCCAGCCGAGUGGUACGGGAUGUGGCCACUGCCCUUGAUUUCCUGCACACCAAAGGCAUCGCUCACCGAGAUCUGAAGCCAGAAAAUAUAUUGUGUGAGUCUCCAGAAAAGGUGUCUCCAGUGAAAAUCUGUGACUUUGACUUGGGGAGUGGGGUGAAAUUGAACAACUCCUGCACCCCCAUAACCACACCAGAGCUGACCACUCCAGUAUGUAUGGCUGGGCACCCUGUACCACUUCCUUCGGGGCUCCUGUCAUUUGGAGUACCCACAAGCCAAAGCUGGAGUGCAGAACAGGGGCUAAGGAAGGAAAACCAAGUGUAUCUACAUCACUGCCAGCUGCCUGAAUUGUCAUCUGGCCACUGCAUAUGUGGCUCUGCAGAAUACAUGGCCCCGGAGGUGGUGGAGGUCUUCAGGGACGAGGCCACUUUUUACGACAAGCGCUGUGACCUGUGGAGCCUGGGCGUGGUCCUCUACAUCAUGCUGAGUGGCUACCCCCCCUUCGUAGGUCACUGUGGGGCCGACUGUGGCUGGGACCGGGGAGAGGUCUGCAGGGUGUGCCAGAACAAGCUGUUUGAGAGCAUCCAGGAAGGCAAGUAUGAGUUUCCUGACAAGGACUGGGCACACAUCUCCAGCGAGGCUAAAGACCUCAUCUCCAAGCUCCUGGUUCGAGAUGCAAAGCAGAGACUGAGUGCUGCCCAAGUUCUGCAGCACCCCUGGGUGCAGGGGCAAGCUCCAGAAAGGGGACUCCCCACGCCGCGAAUCCUCCAGAGAAAUAGCACGAUGGACCUGACACUCUUCGCAGCUGAGGCCAUCGCCCUUAACCGCCAGCUUUCUCAGCACGAGGAAGACGAGCUGGCAGAGGAGUCCCUGGCUGAGGGCCUAUGUUCUGUGAGGCUUUCUCCUCCGUGCAAGUCACGCCUGGCCCGACGGAGGGCCCUGGCCCAGGCAGGUCGCAGCGAUGACCCGGAACCGUGUCCAACUCCCACUGCACUCUGACCCGCUCCAGCCACAGCCUCCAGGACCUCAGCCUGCCCGGGCUAGGCCAAAGUCUGCAGAGCCGGUAGAGGGAGCCGCUCUGUGGCUCCAUCCAGGCCACCCAACCCCCCAUUUCCCCAGAGUCCUCAAGGAAAAAGCUCUUUCCAAAGGGGUUGUCUUUGAAAAGGAAAGCAAUCACUUGUCACUUUGCAUAAUCGCCUGAGGCAGGGACAUCUCUCUGCUGGGCUCCUGCCCACCUGCUCACCCGCCUGCAGAUCUAGGAUGCAGCCUGCUCUCCUGGGUGGCAGGCGGCAGUGGCGGCUGGGGCUGCAGCCUUCAGGGAGCCAGCCUUGGGAAGCGUUGGUUGACAGAGGCUCUUUCUUCUCUCUGCACUGUCACCUCCUCCCCCCACCCCCCUGCUGGUCCUUCCACCUUCCUCUGUCCUCCGGAUGUCCUCCCCUGGCUGAACAAAGCCAUCCCGUCACUUCAGGAGAGGUCAGGGAGCCUUCUGUGUUCAGGAGGCCAGAUCAGUCUUCCAGUCUGUAGCGCAGGAGAAACACAUAAUCUUUCUUUGCCGGGACCAAAACGUGUCCCUCAUUUAUCAUCCUCUUCCUUGUUUGGGAUUGCUGCUGAAGUCCAUAUUAUUUCAUUUAAAAACAUGUUUUUUUUUAACCAUGCACUUCCAGCAAAGAUGGGACUUUCAACUCCCACUGCAAGCCCGUGGAUUUUCCAGAGCAUGUAAUGGCUCGUUCUUCCUCAAAUGUCCAUGCAUGUGAAAGGUUUUAAUUGCUGUUUCCUAUUAUUCUCACUGGUUUUAAGCUGUUGAGACGAUGCGUGCCUUAGAUACUGUGUCUGCUGGAGGGCAGCAUCAGACCAGGGCAGUUAGAAGGAGCUGUGCGCCCGAUGUGGCCCCGGAUCGGAUGCGGCGCAGGUCCCAGCCAUGUGCCUGCUGCCCCAGAGAGCAUGAAGACACAUUGGCGUCAGAUAAGCUGGGCUGUGCAGCCACCUAGAGAAAAUCGAUUUGUACAUGUCAGACAGACAUUUACACAACACGACAAUGCUAUUAUACAUGUGCUUGUUUUAAUAAAACUUGUAAAUUUUA